CCCUAACUGGACAAGAAAGGAUUGCGUUUUCUUCUUUACUGUGAUAAUACCUUCGUUACCACCACCAUCACUAUUAACACCCCCAUUUUAAUUAAAACAAUCGAACAAAAAGCUCGCCAGCUCGUCCCUUCAGCUGCUUUGGAGGGCGAACAAAGCAGCCCAGUCGUCGCCCCUCCCUAGCUCUGUUUUCCAAGUUGCCAGGUUUGGGGUAGGGAAAGAAAAUGGAGAGGUUCAGCCAUAAAGCGAACAUUAACCUCAAGUAACACCGGGAACGGGUGGACUCCCCCUUCUUCCCUCCCCUCCUUCCUUUGGAUUAGAAAGGAGAAAGAAAACCUCCCGCACCGAAUUGAUACCCUGGGAGGAGGUAGUCCUGCUCUUCCACUACAGCAGAGAGAAGGAGCCUUCGCAAUUAACCCAAGACUUCGACGUGCCAUUAGAAGACCGCGCAGGACCUCACCGCUAGCUAAGUAACUGCUGGCCUCUCAACAAGAGUGGGGGGAAAACACAGAUCCGGGUUCCUACCUCGACCCUCUCCAUCGGAGGAGUGGAGGUCCUAACCAGAAGGGCCGGUCUCUCUAAAUAUGCCCCAGGAUGACGGAGCGGCCGCCGAGCGAGGCGGCACGCAGUGACCCGCAGCUAGAGGGACAGGACGCGGCGGAGGCCCGCAUGGCCCCCCCGCACCUAGUCCUGCUCAACGGCGUCGCCAAGGAGACAAGCCGCGCAGCGGCGGAGCCCCCGGUCAUCGAACUAGGCGGGCGCAGCAGCGCGGGGGGCGGCCCCGCCAGUGGGGGCGGUGCCGUGAGGGACUUAAAGAGCCGCGACGCGGUUGCAGCCGAAGCUCGCCAUCGAGUGCCCACCACCGAGCUGUGCAGACCUCCGGGACCCGCCCCAGCGCCCGCGCCCGCUUCGGCCCCGGCAGAGCUGCCUGGAGACGGCCGCAUGGUGCAGCUGAGCCCGCCCGCGUUGGCAGCCCCCGCCGGCCCUGGCCGAGCGCUGCUGUACAGCCUCAGCCAGCCGCUGGCCUCGCUCGGCAGUGGGUUCUUCGGGGAGCCGGAUGCCUUCCCCAUGUUUACCAACAACAACCGGGUGAAGAGGAGGCCCUCCCCAUAUGAGAUGGAGAUUACCGAUGGUCCUCACACCAAAGUAGUGCGGCGCAUCUUCACCAACAGCCGGGAGCGAUGGCGGCAGCAAAAUGUGAAUGGGGCAUUUGCUGAGCUCCGAAAGCUGAUCCCCACCCAUCCACCCGACAAGAAGCUAAGCAAGAAUGAGAUCCUUCGCCUCGCCAUGAAGUACAUAAAUUUCCUGGCCAAGUUGCUCAAUGACCAGGAGGAGGAAGGCACCCAGCGUGCCAAGCCUGGAAAGGACCCUGUGGUGGGAGCUGGUGGGGGUGGGGCAGGGGGUGGCAUGCCCCCUGAAGACCUUCUACAGGAUGUGCUUUCCCCCAACUCCAGCUGUGGUAGCUCUCUGGAUGGAGCAGCCAGCCCGGACAGUUAUACAGAAGAGCCAACACCCAAGCACACUGCCCGCAGCCUCCACCCUGCCCUGCUGCCUGCCACCGAUGGGGCUGGCCCCCGGUGAUGUGUCUGGGGCUGCCCAGGACCAGCAGGCAGGGACCCUUAGGCCCCUGGGUUGCUGGGCCUCAGGGCAGUUGGGAUGAGAAGCAGGGCAAUGUACUUGAUGAACUUCCCUUAUAGUCUGAACUUUGGGAAGUCCCAACUGAUCCUGGGCUGGUGUUUCUGUUUCCUGCCUGGAAACAGACGAGGAAAAUGGAGUGAAGUAGUAGGUACUUUAUCUGAAGAUGGCACAGUCUUCUCCCUUUUCCAAUCCCCAAGACUUCCCACUUAGAGGCUCAAGUGUCACUGUUUUUGGUCUAGAGUUUGUGAGCCUUGUUUUGGACAAGAUCCGGGGUUGUCACCCAUUACCUGAGGCAUCCAGCAGCCUCUGCCUUGCCUUUAGCCCAUCCCGAGCUGGCUGGGGUGGCUUUUGUGGCAGCUUCUGUUCAAAUAUAUAGGUACCCAAGAGCUGCCCAUUUCUUGAGCCCCAUCUUCACCCAGGUCCAUGUUGAUUCAUCCAGCUUGCCAGCUGCUCCGGAGAGUCAAGCCUCGAGGUGCCUUCUUCAGGGCCUGGUUGGAAAAGAUGGCCAGUGAACAGACAGCCUGCUCUCAACUAGCUGGGCCAGAAAACCCAACAGCCCUUCUUGCUCCGGGAAAUCGGAGCUCUGCUUUCUCCCCACUGAGACUUGCUUCCUAUCCCACAGCUGUGAGGACCGAGUCAGCAGCCUGGAGCAUGCUCUGUUGGGCUGUGUGCAGGCACAGAAAGGGAAAGUGACAAUAGAGUGAAGCAAAGCAAGAGUGUUUGGAGCAUUGGGUUUCACCUCCUGCACAUCACUGUUCGUGCAGGGGAGUAAAUGAUACUGUGCUGAUGCAUUGCAUGUUGGUGCUGGGGUUAUGCAGCCCAUGGGCUUUUCCCUGGAAGCUUCCUGUUGCAAGAUGUCUGUUGGCUGACGGUCUGGACUUCCAAAUGGAGUACAAACUGUCCCAUAAAUACUCCAUUUGGGAUUCUGCCUAACAAGUUGUUGGUGGAAACUCUGGGCCAUGAUACAACCCAAGACGCAACCUGCUGCUAGGGCAAGGAAUCCAGUCAGAGGUGAGGCCCUGGCUCGAGACCUGAGCAUGCCAAUUUGCUCAGCCCAACUUUAAGAACGUUCCCACCACGCAACUGCAGGCCCCACGUGUGUACGUGGUAGGUUGGUUUAAUGCAACGUGAGUGCCCCCUCUAAAAGCUGUACAUGAAAUUUCUGUAAAGCAAAUCCUUCUCCUUCAUCUUUUAAAGAAAUAGCCCCUGCAAGUCAUUUUGUAAAGUGGAGGAUCCUUUUGUAGUAUGGACAACUGCCCCAUUGUUUCUUUCCUGUGUCAACCCUGGUGGUGGGACCGAGUUUUCUUAAAGCUAGGCCUGCCUAUAAUGAAGUUCAAGCCCAUGAACAAA